UUUGAUCUUACCGCUUUUGUCAUGUUACGGGAUGUUUAAGAAGAUACUCGUAUGGCAAAUGCUAGGCCUUUAGCGUCAGAUAUGAAUGAUCCAGAGCUACAGGCUCAUGAGUACGUACGUCGGAAAGACUGGUUUAAUGCUAAGGAACUUUUUGAUCAACUUUUGCUUUCAGCGCUGAACAAAGGCACUCCAAAAGAAAAAGUUGUAUCGUUUCUUCUAGCACGCUCCGAAUGUUGUGUGGAACUCGGGUUGCAUGAAUUAACUGUUUCAGACUGCCGACAUAUAAUCAAACUCACGUCUGAUACCGAUACUGUAAAUCACAAUGGAGCAAGAGCGAGACGUCGCUUGGUACAUGCAUUGUUUUCCUUGCAUAAAUUUUCUGAAGCCGAAACAGCAGCAAGAGAAUGGGUAGAUUCAAGUACUGGAGGACCAAGCCUUCAAGAAGCAGCGAAAGUCUUGGAACGCAUUCGGAUUGUGCUUCAGAUGGUGAAGGGCCAGAAAACAAAUAAUCACAAACAUGUACCGCCUCAACAAAGAUUGGAACCAGAGUCCUGUGUAGAAACAAAAAUUGAAAAUUGGCCUGGUUUGGAUGUGGUUGAUCGACAACGAAGAAGCAGGAAACAUCCCGUAGAACUUUUAGCUGAAUCGAGUGAACAGCAUCCUGUUGUACAAGAUGGUUUGGUACCUGCAUUUACUUUGGAACCUUUAAGGGGAAAGCAAACAGUGGAAGUUUUGCCUACAGAAUGUGCCAGAUCAUCAACUCAGUCUCAACAAAUUAAUAAAGUGCCCUCGGCAGUCAAUAAAGAAAACAGCAAUGACCAGAAAACGGCUUGUAGUUAUUGCUGUCUCAAUUUCCCUGAUCGAGCUGCACUGCGUGCUCAUUGCCAGACACCUGCACAUCAAACGGUUAUCAUGUCAGAUGAAGGGAGAGACUGGCAGUUUCGCCCACCCCCACGUGGUUUUACAGCUGAUACUUAUAGUUUAUGUGAAAGUGGCACACACUGCCGCUACGGUAACCAGUGUGUGGAAGCUCAUUCUGCCGAUGAACUGGCUGAAUGGCGGGAGCGGUUUGAAUAUCGACGGAUGAAGAUACAACGAGCCUGUGAGAAGGAACUUUUUGGAAAAUCAUAUACAGAGCAAUUACUCGAGAGGUGGAUACAAGCGCCAAGCCCUGAGAAAGUUAUGCGGGAAAAGUUGGAAGGAGUGGAAGAUAGUUGUUCAGCAGAUCUUAUCACAACUAUUUCAUCAAAAGUUAGUCAUAAAGAGUGGAAAUUUGUGCUCCACACAAACCAAAGGCUCCAUGUCAUUGCCCUGCUGCAAGAUGCCCACCGAAAUCAUUUCUCCAUCAGGAAUAUUUCAACUAAGGAAAGAGAUGGGAAGCAAGUUGGGGAGUGGGUACCCACAAAUGAUCAAGAAUGGACGGCAGGGCCUUUGCCAGACAACAGUGAUUUUCAACAGCUGGAACAUAGUAUCAUUAUUGCGUUUGCCACUGAUAUUUAUGGCACAUUUCGGCAGUCUGUUGUAUUUGACCUAGGGGGUGAGCCAGUGUUGGUGCGCCAUCUGUGUGUUGAUGUUGUACCAGUAACGGAUGUUGAUAGAGUACGUGAAGUACGACACGAAAUUGUACUGAAGUCUGCAGAGCGCUGGGAUUCCAGCAAUUCCACGAUAAUAAAAUUUGAACAUCCAUCAGGAAAUAAUAAUGAUGAACAUGAUGAUGGAGACAGUGUUCCUUCUGAUGAUGGUGAGCGUGAACGAGAUUUAUUGAGCGCAUAUCCUAGCCCCCGGGCUGAUACGUUCACUAUAACACAGUCAACAUUAACGGAAAAGAAGUUAACACGAAACAAUUACAGAGCACGCAUGCAUGAACUGCUGUGUGUCGAGGAAAUGGCACGCUAUGAGCAGGUGGCAUUAUACAAUUUGACAGCAAAGCUUCACUUGGCAAGUUGCUAUUUGCUUGCUCCUAGUGGUACAUCGGCAAGUACAGCUAAGUAUGCACGGCCUGGAGAAUUAUUUGCUGUUUUGAACCUUGGAAAAGAUGUUUCUGAGGACACAUCUGCUGGACGACUGAUUCUGAAUAACUGCACCACAGUACUGCUCUCUGUAACUGGAUCAGAUAAAAACAAAGGUCAGUCUGCAAUGGCAGAAGACAGAGACCGAGCAGCUGUGAACAAACUCAGAGUGGUGUAUGAGGCACUUGUUGAAGAUAAGGGAAAAAAUAUCAUUUAUUUGCGUUUGUCGGCUGACACUGUUGGAUCUCUUCAGUUGAGACCAGAUACUGAUCUGAGAGCUGAUGUGCAAUUUCAACUGAAUCGUAUACCGUACUGUGAGUGGCAUUAUGCUGUUGAUAAAAUGUCAGACUUCCGGAUUAUCUUCCCAGAUACUUACCUGGAGCCAAGCAUACCAUGGACACCUCAGAGGCAAUGGAGUGAUAUUCUUGACCCAAAACUGAACUUGAAGCAAAAGGAAGCUAUUGUUGCCAUCACAACACCAGUCACCUACGCACUGCCACCAAUUCUCAUCAUAGGGCCCUUUGGCACUGGGAAGACUUACACUUUAGCACAAGCCAUCAAGCAUUUACUUUUGCAAUCGGGUACACACAUCCUAGUCUGUACACAUUCCAACAGUGCAGCAGACCUUUACAUCAAAGAUUAUCUUCAUCCAUAUGUGGAGGCUGGUAAUGAAUAUGCGAGACCUUUAAGAAUCUAUUACCACAAACGAUGGGUUGCAACUGUAAACCAGGUUGUGCAGAAGUAUUGUCUAAUAGAUGUUAAAGGAGGAGUGAAAUCAUUUCGUAUUCCUACAAGAGAGGAUAUUAUGAAGCACAGGGUUAUUGUUGUAACUCUGAGUAUCUCAAUGUACCUAUCAACAUUAGGUUUGCCAAAAGGUCAUUUCUCUCACAUUCUUCUUGAUGAAGCAGCACAAGCAAUGGAAUGUGAAGCAAUAAUGCCACUGGCUUUGGCCAGUUCAGAAACUCGUAUUGUAUUGGCUGGAGACCAUAUGCAGUUAAGUCCAGAACUGUUUUCUGAUUUUGCCAAGGAGCGUAAUCUUCAUGUAUCUUUAUUAGAAAGGCUGUAUGAUCAUUAUCCUGCAAGUUUUCCGUGCAAAAUCCUUCUGUGUGAAAAUUACCGUGCUCAUGAGGCUAUUAUACAGUUCACAUCAGAGUUGUUUUAUGAGCAAAAAUUGGUCAGCAGUGGAAAGCAACCAAGACAUGAAAAGUUUUAUCCACUUACUUUUUUUACAACUCGAGGAGAAGAUAUUCAAGAUCAGAAUUCAACCGCUUUCUAUAACAACUCUGAGGUGUAUGAAGUUGUUGAACGUGUCUGUGAACUGCGCAAAAAGUGGCCUACUGCAUGGGGAAAAAUGGAUGAUCAGAGUAUUGGAAUAAUGACACCUUAUGCUGAUCAAGUUUUUAGAAUUCGGUCGGAACUACGAAAAAGGAGAAUGGGUGGUAUUUCAGUGGAACGUGUUCUCAAUGUCCAAGGCAAACAAUUUAGAGCCAUUUUCCUGAGUACAGUGAGGACACGCCGUACUUGUUUGUCAGGAACAAAAGGUUCAACGAGUGAAAUGGACUAUGGAUUUUUAUCCAAUUCAAAGCUACUUAACACUGCGAUAACACGGGCUCAGAGCCUCGUAGCAGUUGUUGGAGAUCCUGUCGCUCUUUGCUCCAUUGGAAGAUGCAGGAAAGUUUGGGAGCGUUUUAUAGAAAUAUGUAACCAAAAUAAGAGCCUCUUUGGUAUAACAUGGGCACAUUUGCGGAGUCAGCUGGACACAGUUGAAUUGAAGAAGACAUAUACAUUAAAUCCACUUGCACCGGAGUUUGUGCCACGGCAGUAUCAGGCUGAGUCAUAUAUAAGGCUUCCAACACUAUUGGGGCCAUUUAAUUCGCCUCCCCAGCCUUUUGUUCGAAUUCCUGCCCAGCCCCCCCCAAUCACAGCUAUUCCACCCCCACCAUAUGUACCGUACCAUGUACAUCCUGCAGCUGUGUACUAUUAUAAUCAGCAGGCACAACCUCCAGCUCCUCCACCCGGUAUUUCGGCUGCUCCAGGAUUUUUCCCUUUGAGGCCACCUCCUUCAGUGUUUCCCGUGGCACAAAGCACUGGCACUCUUCCACCUCCUCUAAACCCUUGGGCAUUAAGCAUUCCAUUGAUGUCUCCAUCUGCGCCAGCAUUGCUACCUAGGAAAAGACAAGUUCGACCUGGUCCUCAGUCAGCACCAGACGAAUGUGGACCUGGUUGCGUAAUUCCUGCUGCCAAUUUCUUGCGUCCAUCAAAUCUGGGAUUGGGAGAUCCUGCAGCAGCAGCAAAUUUGUCUGCACCAACUACCACCACAAUUCCAGGAAUAGAUCUGUUAGGAGGACGAUCCGUAGCAGAUAAGCCUGAGCAAAUACAGUUUCUGCAAAAUGUUCACUUUCCUGAACGACAGUUGGCACAGGGUGACUAUACCAACCUCCUCCCUCCUGGUGUAAGUCUUACAGACAUGCUUCAGUCACAGGAAAGGCAAUUACAGUGGUAUCAUCAGUUGCUUGACUCCUUUGCACCUGAAGUAGCCAACAGGUUUCUUGAAUUGCUGCGCAUGGCAAGUAGGAAGCAAAUGAGUCCCGUACAAGAUCUAGCAAGAACACUGGAUGAGAUUCUUGGUGAUAAGACGCAGCCUACUUUCCAGCAAGUACAGUGUAACCCACUGGUGCAGAACUUCCCAAACAUUAUACUCGAGAAAGCAGUGGAACCAAAUGCAACCUGCAACACGAAACAAUUUUCACUUCAUGAAAGUGAGCUGCGCCGGCUGCAACAACAGCAGUUACUGCUAUUGCAACAGCAGCAGCAGCAGCAACGGCUACAGCAAAAUAUACAACAGCAACAGCCGCAGCAACCACAAAGUGUGCAACAGCAGCCACAAGGUACACAGCAGCAGCUGCCAACGAGUGUACAGCAGCAGCUGCCAACGAGUGUACAGCAGCAGCUGGCAACGAGUGUACAGCAGCAGCUGCCAACGAGUGUACAGCAGCAGCUGGCAACGAGUGUACAGCAGCAGUUGGCAACGAGUGUACAGCAGCAACUGCCAACGAGUGUACCGCAGCAGCUGCCAACGAGUGUACAACAGCAACCACCAACUACUGCACAGCAGCAGAGUCUCCCUGUCCAGCAGCAACUGCCAACGAUGGUGCAGCAGCAGCAGCCGCCACCUUUGAGUACACAUCCACCACUAUCUGGUGUACAACAGCCACUACCAUUAGCAGGUGUAAAUCAGCCACUGCCUGGUCUGCAGCAGCCACUGCCAGGUAUGCAGCAACCCCCACCAAGUAUUCAACAGCUGCUACCAAGUGUACAACAGCAGACAGCAGGCAUGCAGCAACCUCAACCAGUAAGUGCACAGCAACAAACUCCAAGUGUACAACAGCAGCAACUGACUCUACAACACCAGCAGCAACUACAACUGCAGAACAUACAGCAGCAACAAAUUCGUUUUCAUCAUCUGCAGCAAAUGCCAUUGCAACAGCUACAGCAGCAGCAACAGUCACAAGAACAACAACAGCAGCAGCAGCAGCAGCAACAACAACAACAACAACAACAACAACAGUUUCCACAUCAGAUUUUUGUGAACUCACUGACUCUGGCACCUCACAUGCAACCACAAUCCCCUCAGCAGUCUGUGCCCCUGUACCGCCGCCAGGCCGCUUUAUCGAAUCAAAUAUCCUCUCAGAGAGAUCUGUGCUGUAUGCUAGACAAUAUGACUGACAGGAGCCUGUCUGGUAGCAGUGGUGGCAGCACCAGUGGAGCAUUUGCUGGCUAUGCUCGUGCUGCUGUAAGUGUGGGUUUGCAGAUGCAGCAGCCGUUAGUGCAGAAUGUAGUUAGUUCAGAAUCUGGGGCAGAUGGUGAGAAGAAAUCUGCACGGAGAGAAAGUGAUAGCAGUGGUGAUUGUGGCAUUGGACAGCAGCCGGGUCCUACUUAUGCGAGUGUGGUGAGGGCACAGCCACAAGUAGGUGCUGGUGGAUCAGGUAUCAGAGAUACUGGUGGACAGCCUGGCAGUGGUGAAAAUGGAAGAAGAGGGAGUGGAGCGGUGGGAGAUCCAUUUGCCGUUUUACGUACACUAGGGUCACGUGGGUCUGAUGGUGCUAACCCUGGCCUGUACCGUUACUUCUCUUAAGGCAGCAGCUUUGUAAGAGCAAUUUUAAUGUACUCUACUUUUGUAAAAGAAGGAAAAUGAAAAAAAGGAAAAGAUUUUCUGUGUUGUUCUGUGAGACACAAUUAUACUUAAAACAUGAUUUGUAGAAACAUUACUUAUGUGAUGUGAAACAUAAUUUUUACCUACAUUAUGCCAUUACAUUACAUACAUUUAUAGUAUGUAGGAAGUGGCAAAAAAUGGGUUUCUGGGACUAACGACUCUUUUUAAAAUGUACAAUUACUAGAAUAUGUUUUCUAGUAACAGAGAGAGGUUCUGAAAUUUUACAUAUGUAAUUUAAGACUGGAUCAUUUGUCCACAAAGGUGGUUGCAGUUGCGAUAAACAAAUGGAGGGUAUUGUGGGGAAGGAAGGGGGGGGGGGUGAGAUAUCAGUGUUUGGAGACAGAACAGGUAACACAUGUUUAAUUGUUUAUUUCAUAUGUAGUUUAAUGAUGAAACAUAAAUUAUUACUUUUCAACAUUUCUGAUUUUGUACUUACGAAGUGAAUCUCAAGCAGUUAAUCACAUUCCGUGUGGUAUUAUGCCUUUACUAUACUGACAGAUCAUCAGAAUUUUAACUAUGAGCUGCAGUGAUAAUCGUGAUUGAUUCUAAUUAUUGUAUUAGUUGUUAACUGACAUUGAAACAUUUGAAGUAAAAGAAACUAGGGAUUAUCUCUAUAUUCAAAGUCACUUUUUUGGGUUAGCUUUAUCAGGAAUGUGGCUUCAUUGCUUUCUUGAAUGUUCCUGACUAAGUGUGCAUUUAAUUGUGUAAGUAACAGGUAAGGUGUUUUGGAAGAAUGUUGUGGCUUGUAAUUCUCAUCCUUACAUCAUCACAAAGCAGUUGUGUUGAACACACAUUCCUUUUUUAGUUGAAUUCAUGUGUUCAUGUAUUUAAAAUUUAAAAUACAACAAAACAUUUGCUCAAUGGAUAGGGUUGAAAUGUGAGCAUUGGGUAUAUAAGUAAGACAGUAUUAUAAUAAACUUAAUGAUUUUCUUUGGUGGAAAGUCAGAAGCUCUCCUACUGUUUGCUGACCUGACACUUGAUCCAGCAGAGAAUGAAUAUUAUGAAGGAUUAUGUAUGAAUUGCCAGCCUUAUCAAAUCUUUCUGUCAGCUGAAAUAUGACUCCUCUUUCCCAUUUCACACAUUAAAAUUCUUUGGGUAAUUUUCAUUUAUUAUUAUUAUUUUAUUUUUUUAAAUUCUUUGUAACAUAAAAGUACAAAUUAUGCAAAAGGCUUUUUGCAGCCAUUCAUAGUUUCUGAAUGUCUGUGAGAUUCUUACAGAGAGAAAAGAUGAAUAAUAUGUUUGUGUAAACCAUGAAUCAACAAUUCAAGCAUUAUGAUUGUACAUAUACAUGUAUGCAGGGUCACAUUCUGCUGCCUGAGGAUUUUUUUUUCCCCCUAAGUAUUAAUGUAAUGUUAGAAAAAUCUUGUUACUUUUGUCAUAGACGUCUGUGUUUGGCACCUUGUUUCAUUGUUAUUAACACUGUUGGCUAUAACACAAUCACCAAUAGUCACUUAGAGUAACUGAAAACGUACUGAUAUUAGCAGACUGACUUCUCAGCUGUCAGUUUGUCUUUGUGAGAAGGUGGUGGUCUUGAUUGUGACCCGUGUUCAUUCAGUUAAUCAGGAAUUAAUUUUCUUACUGCAGCCCUAUUUUGUUCAGAUUUUAAAAAGUUACAUUUAUGCUCAGAGUUCAUUGUUUGUAUGUUGUUCUCGUUCCUGCCUUGAUACUUCCUAGACCAUCCUUAUUGUUGAACCGGUAAAUUUUAAAGAUCUUGGUAUAGGCAGAUAGAAGAUGAUAGAGGUAACUUUCUUAAUAAACAAUUACUAACUAUGAAAUAUGUCUUCGGCUGUUGUAAAUAUGGGAAAGAAUGGAAAAAAAACUGAGGCUGGUGUAGGGUGAAAGAUGGGAAAACUGAUGCAUUUUAUUUAUAGCAAUCUUGGGCAAAAGAGGCAGAAAGUCUGACAGCCAAUGUGCAAAGAAAAAAUUGACACAAAAAGGCAUUGUAUAUUGGCCUUCAGUUGUUACUUAUUGAUGGAAAUGACAUUCCAUUUCCUAGAUUUUUUUUCUUCCAUUAACUUUAUUCCUUGAGAGUUCUUUGACUUGAGAUCGUUCAUAUUUACUAGUCCAGAUUUGGUCAAAAUUGACUUGGCGUUCAUGAUACCAUCAUCAUUUGUAUUUUUAUCUUAUGAGAGAGGAAGCUAUGAUCCUAAAAUCAGAAUGUAACAAUGACAGUAACUGAUGUAUUAUAAAUAUGUGCAGUAUUCAGACAUAAAUUAUGUGUUGUAUAAUUGGUGUGUAAUAGAUUUUUCCACCUAUUGUUGUACCACAAUAGUAUGCCCCAGUUUUUGCUGGAUUUUUUUGCUGAUUGGUGCUUGUCUGUGAAACUGCAUUUGUGCUAUUUUUAUUUUUUAUAUCUCGUAGUGCAGCUGUGUUGAACAUAGUGUAAGAAAAACAGUCUUCUUAUGAAAAAAUUUGUUUUUUGAUACUACAUUUUGUGCUAAUCUGUUGCAAAUGUGCUGGAAGACAGUUUUUCAUUUGUUUUAUUUUCUGUCACCUAUAGAAAUAUAAUUUAACUUUUCUGCACAUUAAUGCUAGUCAUCACCAAUGCAUGAUGAAUACAUUUUUGUAUUCCAUCUUGUGUAAAUGUCACAAAUAUUUUACAGAUUUUUUAUAAUUUUUGUUUUCUUUAUUACUGCUUAUAGAAUCUUUAAAAAGUAUUAUUCCUAUACUCUACAUGUUUCUCAGGUAGAAUUUUUUUUUUACUUUUUGGCAAGAGAGUAGUAUAUUGCAAAACAUAUAUUGGUCAAAUAUAGAUGUAUGUUGUUAUUGUUGAAAUGUAAUGUACUUGUCAUUUCUGCUUACCUCUGCAGUAGCAUUGACAUGUAAAGAUGGACUAUAAAUGUUGCAUGCACUUAAAAUAAAAUCUUUCAGCUAUGUGUAAAGUUAAUGUGCAAUUUGUCUGUCCCACAAGAUCUGUUCAUUGACACAUUUAAUAAUUUGGAUUUGUGGUUUUCACUGUGAUGAAUCUUAUAAUAUUUGCACCACCUUUCAAGAUUUUGCAUCAGUAGGUCUCAGAAAUACCAAUAUUAUAAAAAAAAUUAUUACCUGCUAUAAAAAACAUGCACAAUAAAUCCAACCUUUUCAGCUUUUUGUUAGAUUAUUUCGUGAAUGAUAUGUAACAGCACUUGUAUGUAGUAUAGUCAGUAUGAGUGUAGUUUCGUUUUCCUAACAUAAUUUUGAGAAGUUUGUUAACAUUUUUGAGGGGGUUUUUGUCCCGUAGAAGGUUUCCCCCUCAAAAAAUAUUCUGCUGUUUGAUACAAAUUGUGACAUUUCUUGUAAUUUCUAUUAUAGAGUAUAUUUAUUUUGUAUUUGUAAAAUAAAUAAUAA